GCAGGUUCAGUUGCACUACCUUCAGAAUUAAUAUACAAGCUGCUUAACGAAGGUAUAGGGUGUGGUAUACAAGGGGAUGCACAGAAAUGCUGCAAGCAUAAAGGGGAUAAUGUCAAGACAGUAUUGAAAAUUUGGUUGAAGGAUGAUAGUGAUGCCGAUGAAAUUGAGCGGAACUAUUGUUAUGCGUGUGCACAAAGAAAAAGUAGUGGCAGAGAUGAUACGCCUUGCUGGUUUUUUUACUACUGGUUAGGUGGUAAAAUAAAAGGGAAAUUAGAUUUCCAUGGCCUUGCAGAGAUCAUGCAGAAAAUUUACAAGCAACUUCCAGAAGGUCAAUGUAAGAAUGAAUUCUAUAGUAUGUGUGAUGAUGUUGGCAUAGACGUUUUCGAACAGAGUAAAAUAUUGUCUGACUGCUAUUAUAACUAUUAUGCUCUACGGGGGAGGGCGGAUGCUAAUACAUAUCCCCUUUGCAUAAAGUAUAACGAAAGGCAGGCGGAAGUUAAAAAAGCAUAUGACAAAUUAUGCAAUACUUGUGAGAGCAGUGAGGAUAAGUAUUGCAUUAAAUUUAAGACUAGACACGGGACAGGUAAUCAAUGUACAAGUCAGGGGCUACCAGAAUUACCAUGUAAAGGAGUGAGUGAAACAGAACCUGAAUCAAUGGAAACAAUAACAGGAGCACUGACGAAAGAUAAAUUGAAGGGUGCGUCUGCAGGUAGUGCGUACCAAGCCUUUGACUUCAGCUGGGACCUGUAUAAUAAAAGUAUUCCUGUGAGGUUCGGGCAGGGAAGUCUGCGAAGUGUAUUACAGAGGUAUCUGGAUGUAAGUAGUUAUGCGGAUAGAGUUGUAGGUGCAUGGUACUAUGUAUCUAAGGUAAUGAAUUCACAGAGUCCAUCCUAUGAGGAACGUUGUACAUUCUUCUAUUUUUGGCUGGGGGAUAUGUUAUCCAAUAGAUUAGUGGGGACAAAUGAAUUUAGCGGAACUAUAAGUACAAUUUAUACAGAGUUGCAGAAGUUCAUUCCUACAAAGGAAUGUAGUAAUAUAUAUACGAAUAUUAACAGAAAUCAGUUUGAAAGACGGAAAAAAUUGUUUGAUCACUCUAAGAACUAUGCGGCUAUAGGGAGGUUAUUAAAGUUUUAUGGGAACCGCUGUGCUGUGGACUUUGAACAAUAUCUGGAUGACAUUUUUGAAACUUAUGAUAAUGUGAAGGGGGAAUGUGGAAAUCCGGGUGAGAAUUACUGUAAAAAUUUUGAAAGGGAGUACGAACAAUACUGCCACCGAGAGGCAUCAGGAUUAGCAUGUGAUUCAGGUAGCGGAACGUUGUUUGCAGCGGAAUCGGAGUCCCCGCGCCAACUUCCUGAUUCUAGAGAAGAAAUUGAGGGUGGUAGUCAACCUAGUACUGGUGAGGAAGCAGAUGCUGGUGUUGGCGGAAGUGGUGGUGUCGUCCCUUCUGUGUCUGGUGGACUCGCUUUAGUAGGAAUUCCUACCAUCUUUUUCUUUUUAUAUAAAGUAAGUACAUACAAUUAUAACUACAAUUAUAAUUACAAAUGUACACUUAAAAGUAUAUAA